GGUCGUAGAAAAGGAAAAUCUGUACAAAUUAAAAGGAUCGCACGUAAACUGGGUUAAUAAAAAGGUGAAACCAUCGACUUCUGCAGUGAAUUUAUUAAAGGAGGGAAGCGUCCAGUGCUUUGAGAGGAUUCGAGAUAUUGAACGUUCGUUGCCAAAUGUAACAGAUGUUUUUUGUGAGAAAUGUCACAAAUUGAUAUUAAGGAUUUAUUCGACGAGAGCAGGUUUCCCAGUGGGUGGAGACUCGUGUCUUUGCUUCUAUAUUCUCCAGUGGGUCUGGUUCUUGUUUUCCUACGUUUCUUAGUUGGGCUUCAACUCUGGCUACUUGCCUCGGUCUUACCAGACUGUGAUGCACUCCGUACAAUCCUCAACCAUGGUCUUGCGUUUGUUUUUGGCAUUCUUGUGAAGAUCGAUCCAAAGGGUGAGAUCCCAGACAAACAAACAAGAAUUAUCAUAGCGAAUAAUAUCUCUGCUCUCGAUCAUUUUGCAUUACGCAAAGGGGCGUGCACGCUCACGCCAAGUCUCUGGGAUUUGCCAAGCGCCCUCAGCAAUGCAUUGGGAUUACAAGACAUGAACAUGAGCAGUAAGGAUGCCCUGAUAGCCAACAUAAAGGAAUUCCUUGCAUCGUCAGAAUGGAACAUAGCUCUCCAGCCUGAGUUUGGCUCAACCAAUUCUCGAGUGGCUCUACUGAAGUUUAAUUCAUGGCCUUUCAGCAUAGAACCCUCAGUCCAACCUGUAGUAAUAACUACAAGAAGGCCAGAAUUCUCAGACAUACGUCUUACGUCAGUCGCAUCCACCUGGUGGACCGAUGUCUUCUGGUUCAUGUUCGUACCGUAUACUAUGUUCAAUCUGCGUUACCUCAAAGUUAAAAGAAACUCAAAUCAGGAAGUCCUUGCCCGAAACGUUGAGACAGACAUAGCAGAGGCAUUGCACCUUUCGACAAGCAAUUACACAGUAUCAGACAAAACCGAAUUCGAAAAACGUUAUGUCCUGGAGAAGACGCAAAGUCGAGCUAUUCAAAGUAGAGUCUCGACGAAUCCUCAGCCGAUGGCGAGUAUUGAGAUGCAAAGAAUGGCUAGACAAGUCAGUGAAGUGCUUCCAUUGGUUCCCCACAACGUGAUACUCAGAGAUCUUUUGAAAACAAGAAACGUCGACGUUACAAUUGCCAAUAUUCUUGACGGCAUCGUUACUUACACACCAGAACCCACAGCACCAGCUCCAUCCUCAUCAUCCAACAUAAGCAAAGUUAAUGUAACGCUGACAAAGGAUGGUAAUGGUACAGGAAGUCUUACCUUCCAGCAAAGGAAAGCGAAGAUGAUAGCGGAAGCCAGAGAAAGGUAUAUUCUAAAGCACGGACUUGGCAAUUGCUGACACUCUUAUCAGCCGCGUGUCUUGCGACUGUAUCGUUAUAAUUGAAGAAAGAAAGAAACAACAACCAUUGUAUAAUGAAUCUUGCGCUGUAUAUGUAUUUACUACUAAGUUCAGUAAAUACAAUUUUAUUUCUAAAAUAUAAUCUUAAUUGUACGAAACGCCCCGUUUCUUUUGUAAUACUUUGGAAGACUGUAUUUGGAAGACUAAUUGCACUCUAUGCGAGUUUCAUAUAUUUUUAAUAAUAAUUACAUCAUGCAUUAGA